AUGGAUAAUGAGAUCAAUAAUUAAGAUUAAUAAUAACAAAAUUUUCUAGAUGAAGAAAGUAUUAAACCAUAAAAUCUUUUUACCAAUCAUCUUAUUACUUGUAAUAGAAGAAGUUACACAAAUUUUUCUUAAUCUCAACUCAUUUAAUCAAAUCUCUCAUAAUUAUUAGAAAAGGUGUUAAUGCAUAUUUUAUCUGAGUAACUAAUAGAAAUGGGUUCUUUUAUAGUUAUUGACAAGUGCGAUCUAGAAUUAUUUUGCCUAAAACUUUUUGUUUAACCUCUUAAAGAUUUUAUUUAGAAUUAGGAUAGCUCAAAACUGCAUUAUUAGUAAUUGUAGCAUUAUUAAAAUUAUGACAAAGAUUUGGAGACAAUUAAAGAACAGAUUGACCCAAGAAAAUUAAAAUUGAUGAUUUUAUAAUGCAAUAAACUAGUUGUAACUUACAAAUCCAUCCAAUAAUUAAUUAACAAAUUUAAAGUUUAGGUCUAUGCAAGUUCAAUUGAUAGUGAAUUAAGUAGGUUGCAGUGUUACCAUUUGUUAGAGAAGAUUUAGUAAGAACUUUCGUAAAUAUAAAAAUAUCAUGAUAUUGUAAAAUCAAGAUUAGCGGAAAAAAAUGAAAUUGCUUAAUUUUUAAAUUAUCCCAUCAAAGAUACCUAUAAAUAAGAAAUUAAGCGUUAAUUUUGUUUAUUAUUCAUCUAAAAGGAUUAAUAAUAGUAAAUGUUAAAGUAGAAAACUGAAGUUUAGCCCACACUAACAAUUAAUAAAAAACUUCCUAAUCAUCGUCAAUCUACCCUCACUCUGUUAAAACCUGGAAAAAUUGCUUAAUCUAUAUCAAAUGACAAUAGAACUAAUGAAGAAAUAUCUAUUAAAAGUAAAAUAACUUAACAUUUUUCUUCCAUUGAUAAAAGAGGGAAUGAUACAAUGUCAUAAAGAUAAUUGUCAUUAUUAUAAAAAUAUAAAACUAAAUUUUCUGCAACAUUUUAUGACUCUUUCACCAUGAAAUUAAUCGAAAACAUUUAUAUAUCCAUUUAAACAAAUUUUCUAGUUAAUAACAUAGAAGAAGUGCUUGAGAAUUAUAAUGACCACAUUAAUUUAUAGAAUUUACAACAGAUUAUAAAAUUACUCAAGUCUAGAAUAUGUAUUAAUAUAUUUGAGUAAAUUGUAAACACUAAAUAAAUUUAACUUACCGAAGAUAUAUGCAGCAAAGAUCUUAAAUUAAAAUGUAAAUAGGAUCUAAAGAUACUAUCUGACAUUUUUACUUAAGAAUAACUUGUAAAGCUUCAUUAGAAUAUUCAUCAUUUAAAUUAAAUGACAAGCGUAUAUUUAAAUUAAUUAGACAAUAUAAUCCAUUAAAUACUAGAUGAUAAUAGAAAUUCAAGUGAUUUUGACUCACUCUAAACAUCUCUUAACGUUUUCAAAGUAAGCGAUGAUAUUAACUCUAAGAUUUAUGGUUAAACUUUGUUGAUGCUAAAGUACAUCUAAAAUAAUAGUAUUAUAUUAUUGUAGUCUUUAUCAAACUUCUUAUCAAAAACUAAUUUUUCAGAAUAACAUAUACUCCUUUACCCAUUUUAAUAAUUGGCCUCAGCUAUAAAUAAAACAAUUAAUUAAGUCUUGCACUAAGCCUAAAAUGAAAUAGUAAGUAAUCUCUUAUUUGAAACAUAUAUUUGCAUAAUAUCAAAGCAUAUGAUUGAUAGAAGAUAAGCAUUCAUUGAAUAGCUUAAUAUGUAAAGCAAGUAAAUCAUGUUGUAAAUUUCAUAAAUAAUUUAAGGAAAGUUAUUAAAAUAGUAGAUCCAAUCUUAUUCAUAAUAACACAUUUUGUUAUAUGAUCUUAAUGAAAUAUAAUCAUCUAUUGAAUGGCUAUUUGAUCAGCAUAUUUUAAAGAAGCAAAUUAAUAGAAAAAUUGAUUCAAUUGAAGAAUUUUCAUUUUUUAUUUCAUAAAUUAUAUCUUAGAUAAAAGCCCUCUUUGAAGAAGAAUUCUUUAAUGAAAACAUUAAAUAUAAUAGAAUUGCAACUUAAUUACAAUUAUUUGAAAAUUAUGUUAAAUAGGAGAUAAUGAAGAAACCAUCAGAAUAACAAUUAAAAAUACAAUGGUCAAACAAAAUCUUCAGGCUUUUUCAUAAGAUCAAUAAUGAAUAUUUACCUACAUCAAGAGCAACGACUAGAAGGAAACAAACAACAGAACCAAAGCCAUUGGAUAAUUAAGUCUCCUUAUAAAGCCCUAUGCCUUCAUUAUAACCCUAGAAACUCACUUUUUUCUAGUAGAGUAUUUAUGUGAAAGGAAAUCGAACACAUAUCUAAUAAACUGAAAGAUUGACAUAGUCGACUGUAAAAUUUAAAGAUUAUAAAGACCUGGAAAAAAAAUUAAGUUGA